CGAGUGGCUAGUAAUAACUUGGUCGGCUUCAGACGGUUUGUUAUGUCCAAGUUGUCAUGGCAGCGACUUCAGCUUACCAAGCAAUAUAUUUGGACUGCAAUUACGAGAAACCUUUUAAGGUCCCACGACUACUACAAAUUUGUGUGCACUUGUCAACGAUAUUAUUGCCAUUAUGCAAACAUAAUUGCCUGCGCAUCGACAUAGACUUUCGAUACCCAUUCUUAAUAUAUCCCUUUAUGCUAUUCGAUGAUUCGACCCAUUACACUUUUUUUAAUUUUCUAGGCAGUAGCAAUAAAAGCCAACAUAGAUCAGUUCACUUAGAAUUGCAGUCAUGUGCUGUUUGGUUGAGCACAUUUUCAAAAUUGUGGUCUUUAUCUUUGCAAUUCUAAUGAACGUUCUUGUAACAGUUUAUUUAGAGUUAUAUUUUUAACUAUUUGGCUCAGUUUUCACUCCGGGAAUAGACCAUUAUUAUUCCCUCUGGACAUUGCAGAGCUGGUGCGGAACUCUAAUGGUCGUAAUCAAGAUAAAGGAUCUGUGUUAUCUGCAUUGGUGGCUUCUGAUGACUUCGUUCUUUAUAUUAGCUGGCUUGGUUCUACACUUGUUUCUGUUCGACUUUCAAGAAGAACAAUUUAGCACCACUGGAAAAGUUUUAAACUACUUUGGCCUCGGGCUUAUGUUGGUUUCCUUACUAACAGUCGCAAGCUAUUCGAGAACCCUAAGGCCACCAGAAGAUUCAAGUCGACUAUAUAAUUAAUUCAUUUUUGUUUUUAAAUAAAUCUUUAGUUUGUUUUUAAUAUGUACUUUUACUUUUUGUUUCCUCCUGAACCCCUUAAUUUUUGUGUGACCUUGCGAUCGGUGUAUCAGUUAUGAUACAUAGUAUACAUAGUAGUGCCUUCACACACUCC